CUGGUGAAAAUGGCUGAAAAUGGAGAUGGUGAAAACAUGUCUAUCUUGGAAAGCAAAAUCUGUCAGCAAAUUGAGUACUAUUUUGGCAAUCACAACCUACCAAGAGAUAAGUUCCUAAAGGAACAGAUCAAAUUAGAUGAUGGUUGGGUGCCUUUGGAAGUAAUGAUCAAAUUCAACAGAUUAAGUCGCCUUUCAAAAGACUUUGGUGUUAUAGUAGAAGCACUAAGAAAAUCCAAGACUGGUCUAAUGGAAAUAAAUGAAGACAAAACUAAAAUCAGAAGAUCUCCAAAUAAACCCCUUCCUGAAUUAAAUGACCAGUACAAGGCUGCAAUUAAAAACAGAUCAGUAUAUGUUAAAGGCUUUCCAUUAGAUGCAACUCUCGAUGAUAUCAAAGAAUGGCUGGAGGAUAAAGGUCCAGUUGAAAACAUUCAAAUGAGGAGAACACUGCAGAAAACAUUCAAGGGGUCAAUAUUUGCAGUGUUUGAUAGUGUUGAAUCUGCCAAGAAGUUCACAGAAAUCCCAAACCAAAAGUACAAAGACACAGAGCUGAUAGUGCUUUUCAAGGAAGAGUAUUGUACAAAGAAGAAUGAAGAAAGGAAACAAAACAAAGUAGAGGCCAAAGCAAGAGCUAAACAGGAAAAAGAAGAAAAACAGAAACAAGCAGCAGAUGCUGAGAUGAAAUCUCUAGAAGAAAAGACAGGAUGUCUUUUGAAGUUUUCUGGUGAUUUAGAUGAUCAAACAUGCAGAGAAGAUCUCCAUGCAGUAUUUUCUGAUCAUGGAGAAAUCAAAUGGAUACACUUUGUAAGAGGUGCAAAGGAGGGAAUCAUCCUAUUUAAGGAUGCUGCAAAAGAAGCUCUGGAAAAAGCUAAGGAAGCACAUAAUGGAAACUUACAGCUUCGGAACAAAGAUGUUACUUGGGAAUUGCUAGAAGGAGAUGCAGAGAAAGAAGCUCUGAAAAAAAUACUAGAAGAUCAGCAGGAAUUGCUGAAACAGAAAGGAAAAGGACGCAAACUUAAAGGAAGAGGGGGGAAGAUACCUCAAGGUGCACACAAAGGGAAGGUACAGUUUCAGGGCAAGAAAAUAAAGUUUGAGAAUGAGGAAGAAGGCGAAGAUGAUAAUAAAACAGAACCAGUAAGUCCUAAGAAGAGACCGCUAGAAGAAACAGAAAAAGAAGAAUCUGCACCAAAACAACUGAAAACAGAAAAUGGAGACGGAGCUCAGUAAUACUAAAGAAGGACCUACCUGCCGUGUUGAAGUCUUGUGAAGGGAAUAGACAGCUGUUUUUGCCAUUUGUAAAGCGGUUUUCAGAAAGAUCAUAUCCAUUCCUGGAAAAGUGCUGAAAUCAGAAUUGCUAAAUGCAAGUUUAAGAGAAUUUACAGAACUGUUUCAUGCUUCAAUUUUUCUGAAGCAAUAGCUAUUUGAGAAACAGCAGUGAAUACAUUAUAGAAAGCAUUUCUGCAACUUUGCCAACUGUAUUUAAUAAAAAAAAUAAGGGAUAUGAAAUAGUGUUGUGUGUUCGAAACCUAGUGAUUUUUAGCUGUAACACUGGAGUGGUUGACCUCUACUUAAAAAAAAACUGAUUUCAGGACAGCAAAACAUUGUCCCAUAUUGCAAGAGAGAUUUCAUUAAAAGUAUCUCCCCUGAUACUUUGUUCCUAAUUGCAUCUGACUGACUUUCAGAAUUACAAACCUUUAUUAUGUUUGGUACCAAAAGGAGGAUUCAUGAUAACCGUGUCAAAAGUCUCUGACAUGCUGUCUGGUAAAGAGGAGACAUCACACUGAACCACAUCAACGUUUGUGAGCUCAAAGUCUUCAAGGUUGCUGUUGAAUAUUUCCAAUGCUUCUGCAUCUAUGUCAAACCCCACACACAAUCUAUUUUUAAAACAAAACAAAAAAACACACAAAAACAACCAAUUAGUCUGCAAAAUAAAAACUGUUCCAAUUCUGUAGCAAAGUUUUGAAAAGGAGCAGCGUGAAACUUGUAUUAACUCAGAAAAAGGCAUGCAAUUACAAGUUCAGUGCUUAUAGAAAUGAGAGUAGCUGUUGCUUUUUCCAAGUAUCCUUUUAAGGUUUGUGAGAGAAGUUCCAUGUGUUCAUUCAGCUUCAGGAGAAAACAAAUGUUAUUGUUUCUUUCAUGGCAACUGUCUGUUUCUUCCACUAUUUGAGAGGCUACUGACCAUAGAAACAUGUUAAAUAGCACAAAUAGGCACCAGAUAAGUGCCUAUGAUUUGUUCAGCACUGCUGUGUUAUGAUUUUAUUUUCUCCUAUUCUGUACUAGAAAAAAUACUUAGUACUGAAAUACUUACCCUGCUCCCAACAUUGCACUUCCAAUGCUGAGCAUGCCACAGCCACAUCCUAAAUCUGCAACUGUUUUGUUUUCAAUAUCAUCAAAAGUAUUGUGAAUUGUGUACAGCAUACACGCUGAGGAGAGAAAGAAAUACCAUCAGUAAUUCCAAAUAUACAUCCAGUUAAUGAAAUUACUUUCUUCUGCCUUCAGAAAACUCUGAACUGAAUGUCUCUUAUCAUGCAAAAUUAACCCCAUGUUUUCAUUGUCUGUAAUCCUCAUUUUCAUUUUUAUGUGAAAAUGAGACUUUUUUUUUUCCAGAUAAUAAAAAAAAAACAAACAGUA